AUGUUGACUGGAAAACCGGUUCUCAACCAGUCUGGGACUCCUGAAUUUGUUUUCCGUGUUUUCACCAAUGUCCCUGAAUUCCAGGCUCUCCUCUUCACACUCUUCCUCCUGCUCUAUCUGAUGAUCCUCUGUGGCAACACCGCCAUCAUCUGGGUGGUGUGCACACACAGCUCCCUGCGCACACCCAUGUACUUCUUCCUGGGCAGUCUGUCUCUCCUGGAAAUCUGCUACACCACAGAUGUGGUUCCCUUGAUGCUUUCCAACAUUUUUGGAGGCCAGAAGCCCAUAUCACUGGCUGGUUGUGGGACACAAAUGUUCUUUUUCCUCACUUUAGGUGGCACGGAUUGCUUUCUCUUGGCAAUCAUGGCCUAUGACAGGUAUGUGGCAAUCUGCCACCCUCUGCACUACAGCCUCAUCAUGACCCAGAAGCUUUGUGUCCAGAUGGUGCUGGGCUCUUUGAGCUUUGCGCUAUUUCUCUCCCUACAGCUCACUGCCUUAAUUUUCACCUUGCCUUUCUGUGGACAUCACCCGGAAAUCAACCAUUUCCUCUGCGAUGUGCCCCCAGUCCUGCGCCUGGCCUGUGCUGACAUCCGUGUGCACCAGGCUGUACUCUAUGUCGUGGGCAUCCUGGUCCUGACGGUCCCAUUCUUGCUCAUCUUCAUUUCCUAUGUGUUCAUUACUGUCACUAUCCUGCGCAUGCGCUCAGCAGAAGGUCGCCAAAGAGCCUUUUCUACCUGCUCUUCCCAUCUCACUGUGGUCUUGCUACAGUAUGGUGGCUGUAGCCUGGUGUACCUGAGGCCCCGCUCCAGCACCUCAGAUGAUGAGGACCGCCAACUCGCCCUGGUCUACACAUUUGUCACCCCAUUACUCAACCCUCUGAUUUACACCCUUAGGAACAAGGAUGUCAAAGGUGCACUAAAGAACUCUGUCUUCUGUAAGGCAGCUUCCUGCUGUAGUUAA